AUGCCAUUUUGCACAUUAUAAGUUAUUUAAAUAAAACCUUAUGUUGUAUUUGUUAGUAGAAUGGAUAGCAAUGAGGAUAGAUCAUCUUAGAAUGAUUAAGCCAAUAAACUGGGAAUAUCUAGAAAAUAGAAGAAGAAAAAUGAGUAUGACUAUCACAGAAAGAAGAGAAGGGGGAUUGAGGGAUCAAAUAGUAAAAAAUCUGGACUAAAGUUCACUGAGGAGGAAGAUCGGUUGAUUCUGUAGUUAGUGUUGAAUAAUGGACCUAAAUUCUAAAAGAUUCAUAGACAUUUUCCUGGAAAAACGUUGGCUAUGGUGAAGAAUCGAUAUUAUAAGCAUUUGCGUUUUAGAUGGGAAUUAUUAGGAUAGUAUUACUAUUUUAGAAUUAGAAAUUAUAAGCAUUUAAGUGUUCCGUAAGAAUAAUUAGAAACAUUGUGUGAGCAAUAGAAGAAAGUGAGCAAUAUUCUAAAUGCUGAGAAGGAUGACCUAAUUACAUAGAUAACCUCACGUACUACCUUACUAUCGAAUGCUCGUAUGUUAGUUGAAUAUAUAUUAGUCGAUUAUGAUUCUGAAAGUAACUCUGAUUCUGCUCCAGAACCGAAGAAACCUCUAAACAAAGUGAUCACCCUCGAUCAUCUUAACAAACUGUCAAAGAAAAUCAAGACAAACGAGGAAAUUGCGGUCAAUGUAGAUCAGCAAUCUGAAUCCGAUGGCAAUGAACAAAUUCCAAUUCAACAACAGGAGAUCAAGAAUGGCAAACUACAUCUUUUAUUGCCAUAACCAAAGAACAAAGUAGAGUAGUAACGUACUACAUUUGUGAAAAAGCGUCUACCUCCAAUGCCUCCUGGUAUAAAUUUUAAGGAAGCAGAAAUUUUAAGUAAUACAGCUAUUAAAAAAUUAACAAAGGAGGAGCAGGCUUUGAUUUAAGAGUUUGAUUAGGAUGACAUCUAUAUGCAAGAUUAAAAAACUAUAAAUGAAAAAGGAAUUGUGAAGGUCUCUUAUGAAGUGGGCGAAGAUAAUGCUUAAAUCAUGAAUUUGCAUGGUACAAAUGAGAAGUAUUGGGAGAUGGAAAGAGAGAAGAUGAAAUAAAAGUAAGAAGCUUUCUUGAAGGUUCCCACAGAUGUGAAUUAAUUGAAAAGAGAGAAGAAUCACAUCGAUUCUCUUAAUUAUUAAGCUGCUCUGAAACAGGAAGGCUACGAGUCAAGAAAACAGAACUUCAAGGAUUAGAAGGACAAGAUGAAAGCCACUUAUGGUUGGUGA